AUGGUGUCAGAGGUGGAGGUGCACCAAAAGCUGCUUCUAGACGCGCAGUCUACAGCAGCCAUGAGACGCCUCUUGGGCGACGAAAUUGGCAUGUUCCAGCGCACCAUGUAUAAGAAUUAUAGUCAGCACCGCCGCGCCUUCUUUUAUCAAAAUCUGCAACAAGUCAAGCGCUGCUUGCGCGACAUUAAACUUGAUGCUCUUUUUGCCGUUUUUGCAGAGGCUGCAAAUGUCCUGAAGCAAUUAAAGCUGGACGAGGGGGCACAUCAUAUUUCAUGGAAAUUGUUAGCUUUGGAAAUCAAGGUCAGUACUGAUGCUGUACUGCGAAAGCUUGUGAGAGCGGCUGAUGCUUCAGCAGAGGUAAUCCGAGCAGCUCAGAAGGCUUACAAAGGUUUAAUGGUGCAGUUCGCAAUGACAUACUUCAUGCCGUUCGUACUCACGAUGAACAGCAUUCUCGCACGAUUAACGGUGUUAUUCAAAACGGUGCUUGUUCGAGCGAUUGAAUUACAUGGAGGCGUCACGUUAUUGUAUCUAAAUGAAGUGACUAAAUCAAAUCCAUUACGUGCAAGAAUCACAGCCGUCCAACUCCAGGGGUACCGAAUACCGAACGAUGUUAUACAAAUUGCCAAUGCGUAG